CACCCACCAUUUUCAUUUUUCACACCACAACGUCAAGUCAAAAAAGUGAGGACAAAUUUUCCAAGAGUUAACUUGAGAGUUUGCGGUUGUUUGUAUAUUUUUAUUUUUGUUCCCAAUCAUUGAAUCUUCUCCAAAAACUUACCAACAUAAUUCCAAUCCAAGAAUAACAAAGUUCUCGGACCAUAAUGAAUUCCUUCAUGCGGCGAAACAUUACUGCCGAACAAAUGCACAGUUUUCUCAAGGACAAACAAGCCUGGGAAAAUGCCAUUGCCAUGUACAAUGGCCCCGACCCUCUCGAGCACUGGUACAAUUACAUUUGUUGGUACAAUAGCAACAUACACGGUGACCCGGAGAACAAGUUUCGAGAAACUCUCGAACGAUGUCUCACACAGUAUGAACACAACGAAUACUACAAACAAGACCCGCGAAUGGUCAAGUUGUGGAUCAAGUACAUAGAUUUGCAACCGAAUCCUUUGCAUUUCUAUCAAAUAUUGUAUCAGCGAGGCAUUGGCAGGCAGUGUGCCUGCUUCUAUACCAAUUGGGCACAUUACUAUGAUUCGGCAAAUGCAUUCAAAGAAGCUGAAUCCAUUUACAAUCUGGGCUUCCAGGCCAAGGCAGAGCCGUACACAGAACUAGAGGGUGCUCACACAAAGUUCCUUUAUUCUCUUUCCCAGCGAAUGGUUUAUGACGAUAAGAAACAACAUAAUUCCCUUCCCACACAGCACCAACAACAACAACAGCAGCAACAAAUACCAAUUAGUCAGCCGUUAGAAAAACGUCCUGCCGAUGUGGGUCAGCAUCUCCAUCAACAACAACAACAACAACUCCAACAGCAGCAACAUAUGCCUGAGCAAGUCCAACAGCAUUGUCAUCAACAGAUUCAGCAACAGCAUGCAGCAGAGAUUCCAGUUCAACACCAGACGCAAGUCCAAACGCCGGUGGUUAACACAAACUGCCAACAAUACACUGAAUUGCAGAGUUCCACAGCAACUGCCAUAUCUUCCUCAUUGAACUACAUUUACAAUGAACCGCAGGUUGCUACAACUGCCGCCUAUCCACAAGAUCCAGCAGCCGCCUCUGGCUCCCACUCGCACUCCCAACCGCAUGAUAUUCCACUGGGAAAUGUUAAACUACCUGCACAGUUUGCUACAUAUUGCCGCAACAACUACGAAGUCUGGAAACCAGCUCUCUUCUUAGAAGAACCCGAUGAUCCAUACAAGCGCUGCCAGUACCAAAAGACACUAGUUUAUCCUGGUGGUGACAUAGAAUUUAGUCCCGAAGAGAUUCGGGCGAAAAAAUGGAAGUCCAAUCAACAAAAAUCUAGACAACAGCCACAACAACCAGUUGUAGUUCAACAAACACCUUCAGUUGCAGCAACUCCAGAACAAACACAUGUCGUCGCUGAUAUUGAAGAUCAAAUUGAGGCAUCGACAAUCCGUUUCAGCACUCAUGAGGAACAUGGAGUGACUAAGAGUAAAACAAUUAAAAUCAAAUUUAAAAAAGAGAAACCAUCAACGGCAUUGGAUUCAUCUUCAAAUUCCAUCAAUGGCCAGAAUAAUUACAAUUAUACAAUUGAGAAUGCCUAUGCAACGGAGGACACAGCCUCGCAGGACGACGGCCACCACCACAAUCGGGGGGGAAACAACAACAAUGGCUUCCAUCCUUAUCAAAUGCAAACAUCCACUCCAAAAGUUAAGAAGCCUAAAAAGCUAAAGAGCGUCAAUAAGCAUUUAGCUGGAAAAUAUUUAUCGGCGGCCACUGCUCAUGGAGAUAGCAACUCGUCGGAUUACCAUCCACAGCAGCAAUCUCAGUAUCAGUACGAGGAAGCGAAUCUUCUACUGACUUUUGCCAAAGAAAACACCACUUCCUCCUCUGCGACGACUCCACAGCAACUACAACACCGAACACCGAUAAAAAUUCGACAAAAGAACGGUGAUUCUGUACACUAUGCAGCCAAUGACAAUGCUAGUUUCUCGUUCAACGAAACAGCCUAUUUGGACAAUUCGAAUUGCUCGGUUAGUUCGGCUGUUGGUCGUUUAAAUUUCCGCGAAUCACAACGUGAUGAUUUCUCCACAUACGCCGAAAAUAGUUUCUUUGCAUCGGAAAACGACAAGGAGCUACAGGAGCAGCGCCUCGAGAAAGCCCUCACCGUAAUUGAGACACACAUGGCCAAGCCGGUUAUUGACCCGUUCAACAAUGAACUAUGUAAGGCGUUCCUCACCAAACUCAAUUUUCCGUCCUACGAUGCGGCCGAGAAUGUAUACAAAGUGGUUAGCACGCCUCUACCAAAAUUGGCCAACACUAAGAUGAUAACGUUGGCUGAUAGUCGCUUUAGCAUCGAAAAGGAAGUGGGACGUGGAUCAUAUGGUUCGGUGUACAAAGCCACCGACUGCAAGACGGGAACAGUUGUAGCGCUUAAAUAUCAGAAACCACCCAAUAUUUGGGAGAUAUACAUAUGCCAUCAGGUGCGACAGAGGAUUCGGACGGAGACCGUUCUACCAGGUGUUAUGAACAUCUCGUCUGCUGUAAUUGCACCCAAUGCGAGUAUAAUUGCUACAGAAUUCUCACCUUACGGCUCAUUGCUGGAUAUUAACAAUAAGAUCAGGCAGGCUACCAAGAAGGUAAUGCACGAGAGUCUAGUUAUGCACUUUAGUAGCCAGAUUCUAAAUAUUAUCCACUGCUUGCACAAGAGCAAAAUCAUUCAUGCCGACAUUAAGCCGGACAAUUUUCUGCUGAUGCGUGUGCCCAAUACAGAUCUCCAUUAUCCAUCGCUGCGUCUUAUUGAUUUUGGUUGUGCGCUCGAUAUGACUUUGUUCCCAGAACGUACGCAAUUCCGCAAAAUCAUUCAAACCGAUGGAUUCACUUGCAUCGAGAUGCAAGAAGGUCGCCCUUGGUCGUAUGAAACUGACCUCUUCUGUGUUGCGGGUACAGUUCAUGUGAUGCUCUUUGGAGAGUACAUGCAGAUUUCCAAAAAAUUCGAGACCUGGGAUAUAAAGCAGAAGCUACCGCGAUAUCUCAAGAAACACGUCUGGACGGAUUUCUUUGGCAGCAUGCUGAAUAUAAAAAGCCAAGAUAUCUUACCCAAUUUAUUGGAUAUUAAAAUGCGAUUUGAUGAGGAAGCUAUGAAGAUGGACUCUGAGUUGCAGUCGCAAAUUAGGACGCUAUCGAAUUUGCUACAUCGUCGAUAGUUACAUAUAUACUUAUAUUUUAAGCAUUCAUCUCAUAAUUAAGAGGAAGAAGCAACAACAACAACAACAAAAGUAUAAUCGUAUUUCUUUUUUUUUUCAUUACUGUUUAUUUUAAUUUUGCAAUUUAUCUUUUUUUUUAUUUCUAAUGCAGAUUAUACCUAAUAACCUUUCUUUGAAUUUUUAAUUAUUAUAUUGAAAAAAAACAAAACACACAAAACAUAAUCCAAUUGUACGAUAUCUCUUUUUAAGAACUGAUGACAGAGCUCCGAAGGAAGGAGUUGGAGGAGUUAUUAUUUUUUUUUUCAUUUAGGUACACUCUUUAGGCAGUGUAUUUUAUGUUGUAAGAAAGACUAAAAAAUUGAAAUUAUAAUUUUUUUCGAAAUUUAAAAUUAAAAAAUUAAUAAAAAAAAAAACAAAUAAGAAUAA